CAAUCAGUCAAAAGUCAUGUGAUCUAUAGACUCGGAUCUCGGCACCGUCGAGCUCACUGUUCUCAACGAUGACGACGGAGGUACAAGAAGAGCUCGCGAACGUCUUGCACUUUGGCUCAUUUCUCCUCGACACAUCUAGCACCACUGAACGUGAUCUCAAAAAUGUACUUGUGCGCAGACUAACGCAAUAUCACCAAGCAUUCGGAUCCUCCGCUCCUUCCCUUGAUACAGCGGAGGAUGCCCAACUUGAAACUGCUCAAUGUGCUCUGCACGUUAUCGAGCGCGUUCAAUCUCUUCUUAACCUUCCAGAUCUCCAUCAUGAAGAUGAUCUGAAAAGCGCACCGGCAAUAGGGACUCGCGACCUCAGCACACUCCGCACCCUUAUAUCUCUUUUUUUUCGCUGGGGAACCGAAACGCUUUACACGCGUCUCAUCCCUUCGUUAUCGUCUAAACCAAUUCCCGGCACCCCCAAAAUUAUCGACCUUACGAACACGCCCGCCGAUUACGCUACACUCUCUGACCUGCUUUUGCGUCUCAUGGGUCUCUUGUUCCCAAAUGGCCCAAAGAGCACGCCACCUCAGACGCUCAUUAGCAGUACACUACUGUCAAGACAUGCAGUUGAUUUGUUACGCCCAAGUAUGGCCCUCGGAUGGCUACCUAGUGAACCCGUCGAGCCUCUCCGCCCCCUCGUGCUCCGUUUCCUCGUCUUUAUCCCCCUCCCCCAACUCAUGACAACCCUUGCUACAGUCCUCUCCACCCCUACCUCCCCAACACCACCCCACGUCCGUAAACUCUGUUCCUCCCUCCUCACUCAACACCUCCUCCGCCCAGGUGGUGUGGGUGCCCUCUGUGCUGCUAUAUUUGGCGAGCUUGAUUCGGAAGACGAACCAGAAUUCGAUAAGCUGGAGCACGUUGCACGCGUGCUAGGAACAGUACCUCGAGGGAUGCAACCCAAGCAUUACUUCCAAACAAUAACAUCGCGCAUCCUUGCUCUCGUGUCUCCGCCUUCUUCUACCUCAACAUCAGUAACGCCCCCCGCAUUCAAACGCGCUGCAGCAUUUACUCUCUCGCGCAUGCUGGACUCCAGUUUUGCACACCACGCACUCGUGGCGAGCGUAGCCUUGCCCAUCUUACACAACCCCCUCUUCAAAGUCUCCGAUGAGACUUCACACGACCAGAGGGAAUCAGGUCAAAGCCACCUUCUGCCUACCCCAUCAUCAUCCCUCCAAACCCUUCACACCCUCCUGCUAUCAAUCGAUCCAUCGCCCUCUCUCUUCACCUCCCUUCUUUCACCCAUCCUCCCCUCUCUGUAUUCCCUUCAUGCACAUCUCAGUAAAAUGGGUGUCGCGGAUCCAAUACUGAAAGAGGAUGUCUGGACAUUGAUGAGGACAUGGGGACGAGUUGUAGAGGAGGGCGAAGGAGUUCGAGUGUUGUGGUCAUUAGUGGAUGAGAACGAAAGCUCCUCAGGAGGGUGGGAAGGAGGAAGUGCAGAGGAUCUAAAACGUGUAAGGAGGGUCAACAGAGAAGAGAAACUCGCUCUUCUUACGCCGGAAGACCUACGACAUGCCUCCGUCACUGAGGACACGGAUAUAGAGUCAUUGGACUUGGGACUAUACCCACCCCCUGCGCACUUUGUCUCCUACAUCAAGAACCUCGAUCGUGCAGAUAUCGCAGGGGGCAUGUUCGUAAGAUUGCUGGAGGCAUAUCGCACUGCGAAGGGGUCUGGUUCUGCUCAUGAUACGCAAGACAGCGACAUCAAAGGAGAGAUACAGAGUAUAUUGAUGGAUCCGAAGGAAUCUGAUCCACUUCGAGUGAUGCUCCUCCUCCAACUCAUCAUAGCUUUCCAAUCUCAGCUGGACAACACCGCUAUCCUGAGUCGCCCAAGAGAUGUAUUGGAAUUUGUGAGGCACGCGUUAGAGGUGUUAGAUACGCCCUCCUCCGUACCUGUAUCUGGCAUGUCAGAUCGAGGCAUGAACAAUGAACGUAGCAAAGGCCUUUUGAGGGAGGAUCUAAGAAUCGUACCGGAGGAGCAGGACGACCUGGAAAUUGGGCCAGAUAGCGAUGACGAGGACAAUGAGGUUGAGGGGGAAGAUAUGGUAGAGACUGCUGUUGGAUUGUUGUUGGCUGUACUUAAAGCCAACCCAUCACUCACCCCGAACAACACACCAUCCCUUGCGCCAGUCCUCGACUUUCUCAAGGCGCACACGCCAACCCGGCCAAGCGCACGUGAGGCACAAUUAGUGUUGACGGCGAGGAUGGCAGAGGGGGCAUUAGCCGCAUUGGGGUCUGUUCCAAAAAAUACAAAAAAUAAGGGCAAGUCCAACGGUCAAAGCGAGGAUGACGACACAGAUCCGCGAGAGACAUACCAAAAAGCACUCAAGCUCCUUCAAGACCCGCUCCUACCCGUACGGGCGCACGGGUUGCUCUUACUACGCGAGUUGGUAUCUUCCCCAGCUCGUGCGAGUAAGGCUGAGCGAGAGAGGCUUGAGAAGGAAGCGACAAUACGUGCCCUGCACCCUGCUAUCCUCUCAAUAUUUUUACAAGCCAUUCAGGAGGACGAUUCGUAUGUGUUUUUGAAUGCGGUGCAAGGACUGGCUGCUUUGGUGCAUGCCCCUGGCCCUAAUUCCAGAUCUGGCACGGGACAUGAAGUGUUGAAAGCGCUUCUGGAUGCGUAUGCGAGGGGGGCGAAUGAUUUCGCUGAUGAUGAGGCAGAAUCGGAUAAAAAACCUAAGGAUGGUGAAAGGGGCAAGGCAAGGGGUAAACGAAUGAGUGAAGUUGACACACGUCUCCGCAUCGGUGAAGCCCUCGCAGUUGUUGUGAGGCGCUGUGGAGACGCCCUGGGGCUAUAUGCGGACACGCUCCUUCCACCUCUCCUUUCCCUCCUCCGUGAGCCCCGCGCACCGGUUAUCUUACGCACGUCAGCGAUUUCCCUGCUCUCCGAAUGUAUCAACACCUAUGCACGCGUGGUGGAAUGUUACACUGAAGAAAUAGCAGAGGGGAUGCUGGACUUAGUGUUAGUCGAGAUGACUGUGGCUACUCCCAUUCCUCGUCCCAAAGCUAAGGUAAACGAGAAGAGAAUGGAGACGGACACAGAAGUAAGCACAGAACAAGCAAAACGUGAACCUGCUCCAACAUCCCGAUCCCAACCUGAACGCCUCCUAGACCCGCUGGACAUAUCCCCCCUGAGCCCAUCCUCCAAAGUUCCAGCACUCCGACGCGCGGCGCUACACUUUCUCGCGCUUCUUAUGCGGGUGCUUACUCAGGAGGCGUAUGAACGCGGUGGCGGCUCCUGGAGCGGCGUCCGAAUCAAGGGCAUAUAUGGUGGGCAAAUAGGCACGUAUGCGUCAUAUGAUGGGGAACCGCUACCCCGGGAAUUUAUGAGACGCGCUCGCACGGUGUUGGAGUAUAUCGCAGCUGUGGAUGAAGAUACAGUUGUGAGGGUCAUGGCAAGGGAGGUUGGGGAGGGGCUGGAAGGGCUGGAGAAGGCUUUGGUCGGGCUGUGAAUGCCUGGACAAAUGGCACUGAAGCUGGAAAAUCGACUGGCAGUGAUUCGGUUGGGAAAGAAAAUUAAACUCGUGGAAGAUGUCGUUCCACGUACACUUUCUUACGUAGUUUUCAGCAAUUGAGAUGAUUCUUCCAACGUCGUUGAUUCAUACUGAAAUUCCAGAUGCGGGUUCAACUAGGCUGGCCAGACAUGGAAGAACCGCCUUAGCAACCAGAAUCACUACCUGAGAUAUAAAUUGUCCCAAAAGCCGGAAUACCUUUGGGCCCGAUCCAUUGAUGAUUGGACCAACAAGACAUAAUGGCAGGGUGUCCGAUACCUGGUAUAUACAAAGCGCAAAACAGUGGUGGACGGUCAAUUUGGAAUUGUCCGAGAUUCACAGGGUAAAUUUACAAUGCGCCCAGAGGCCUUCAG